CACUCUUGAAUUCAAACAUCGAGACCAUCAUGCCAGACCCAUUGCAAAUCCUUCCAGCGGAAAUUAUACUUCGUUGUAUUGAGUUCACACCUCUAUCUGGCGUUGCGGCGCUUAGCUCAACCACCAAAGCAUGGCAUAGUUUCUUGGAAACGGCACAUCAAGAUGCUAUCUACUCACAACAAGCCCAUCAAUUGUACAACAAGCAUCCCAGAAGUGAUCGCGAAGUCACACAGUUGAGUCGCGAUUACAGAGUUUUUGGAGAAGCCAAGCAAGACAGGAGUUUCGUCCAAUAUUUCCGCGGUGUGGAGAGCUGGAAGGACUUUUGCAAACGAUUGGCACUGUUGCAAAGGAACUGGAACAGCAACCGUCCAGUGGUCAGAGAGAGCAUAGUCCAAGUUGGCUAUGAUCCAGUGUGGCGCUUCAAGCCCGACUUCAAGCGCCGAUUUAUCGUCUCAACAUCUCAAGCCGGAGGUGUCUGCGUCACGGACAUGGACAAUGGACGCAUGUUAUGGAGAUUGAGGAGAGAAGAUGUGCGUAUGUGUGCGCAUCUGGAGUAUGACCAAGACAGUGGCACUGCGUGCUGGGAUCGUUUCGGCAAUGCCGUUGAGGUGUGGAAGGCCGACGAGGUGGAGCGUGGUACGUUCCAUCGCGUAGCUAUCCUCAAUCACAAUUGCGAGACCAGAGGAUUCCAGCUCUCGCGCUUCAAUGACAAGGAAACACUAUGCAUCGUCUCUUCCGAAGGCAAAGGAUUUGUCUGGGACCUUUCCGUGCAUCCACCCCAACAACGUAAAGUUCUGGAUAUUGAGAAUGAAGCCGUCGGUCACCUCGAUCAAGGCGAGGGUACAGUCAUGUAUAGCAUGGGUCCGCGCGGCUAUCAUGUCUGCUCCAAGACGACCGGCGAAAUCAUGGGCAAGCUCGAACCCAAGGACUGUCCGAACAUCUUCCACAUCGCCCAUCCACCUCCUCAAUCUCAUACCACUAUGGGCGCAGCAAAUCACGGUCCCACAGCACGAGUCUGUCCCCCCGAACAUCCACGCAAGGACCGCCUAAGACCUCUCAAACUUUAUAACGGCGCCCAUCCGGUACCUAGAAGUCCGCUGGCAAUCGAGAACGACGAGUGGGGCUCAGGUAUCAUCUCCGGUAACUACAUGGCUGGUGUAUCACGCGCAGGUCGUAUUUUCAUCUGUACGGAUUUCUUGGGUGCCCUGGCCGAUCCUGCACGCUUCAGAGAAACGACAGCGAUCUUACAAACCGAAGGCGAUGGCUCGACUUUCGAACUUGGCGGAUGGCUCAGUAUCAAGAAUGGCCGGGCCAUCUUUGAGAUCAUCGACAGCAUCUACAUUUUCACUAUGCCCGACUUUGGCAAGAUCCCAGAGACUGGAGAAGCACAGAGACCUAUCUGGGCUACACCGAUCAGCUCGGCACCUCAACUGGCCGUGCCAGUCAGUUUCAUGGGAAUUUACGAUGAUUGUAUUAUGCACACCUACACCACUCUCGGCUUCCGCAGUCUACGCCCCAGACGUGGAUCUAACGGUGAUCAUGCACCCAACGAACGCUCUCGUGCUUUCCCCACAAAGGCCAUCCGGAUCCUGUCUCUUGCACCGAAUCUUGCUCGUCCAGGAAAAGAACUCUCAUAUCUCGAAGGUAUGGAGGUUCAUGACAACUCGCCGCGCAGCAGUGUCACAAAUCAAGCACCCCGUAACACACCUGCAACGCGGGGACUAGCGCAACAGGCAGGAAUACUCCAACUAAUGGCUCUCCUCACCGGCAACGAAGGAGACGAUGACGAGGAAGAGGACGAAGAAGAAGAAGAAAUUGACGAAGACACACGCGAACGAUUGGAGAUGGAAAUCGAAGAAGACGAAAGACGAGAAUGGGAAGAAUACGCCGCUUUUGAGCAAGAGGAAGAGAUGCGUGAACGACAAGAGUUGGCCGAUAUGAUGGGAUUGAAUGACGACGAAGGAGAUAUGGAGAUGUUGAGAUCUGACGAAGAGGGCGAGAACGCUGCUCCCCGAGCCCCUUAUGCACCCUCUUUGGAUGACGAUGACGAUGAUUGGGAAGAUGAAGAUGCGAUGAUAGGAUGAAAACACCGCCGGUACAACCCCAGACGACGAGGGUCCUGACCCGUACGCCGAACUCGACCGACUACAUGGCUGGGAGGAGGUCGCCACCGAUGUGCUGGAAGAAAUAGUUCUACUUGCAGAUGCUGAAACCUUUGACACCGAGGAAGAGGAGAAGAAUCUGCAUGCAUAUGAGCACGACCAUUCCGUUCUGCGCGAAGAGGAAAACCGAUUCUUCGAGGACGUGAGAACUGGCGAGAUACUCGAGCAAGAACAAUGGGGACGAUGAGCUUAUGAGAAGUUUUGACAGAGCAGGAGGUCUUGAUGCUUGGGAGUCUUGGGAUGCUUUGUUGAGCAACCCUGCGUUGUCGUUGUGAUCUCGGUAAGCGAGGACUGAUGGUUUCGAUGACUAUCCUACAUACUCGCUGUCGAUGGACUGUUGGAGACAAUUUUUACCGCACA